UCAGGAGAAUCUCCACCGAACGCAAGGGCUCAGGGCAUGAUGGGAGACGCCGGUGCUCACCUGAUCUGAGAGACGAUUGGUGUAGAUGCUGGAUUAACAACAUGAUGCUUUAUACAAACUUAUCAUUUCUCGUAUAAUAGCAGCGAUUGUGAUUUUAUUAGUUGGUAGUUGCGCUAUGAAGGUUUCUGUUGUGAUUUGUUCCUCUUGUCGCAUUUCAAUGACGUCAUUUAGACGUUGUCCAUCAUGGCGGAGGUAGGUUGCGAGGAGAUGAGCGGCAAUGGGGAGCUUGAGGAGUCUUCAGCCAUGGAGGCUCCUGAGAUCCCAGCACCUCCUCCAAUCGAGAUGGCUGAGAUGUCAGAAGAGAACGGCAGUGCGACCAUGGGCUCUGAGGCUCCUGUGGGCCCUGAUCCUGCUUCCUUCUCCAUCCCUCCAGUUGCAGAGGAUGAAGAUGGGGAACUGCCUGCUGACUUUGAGCGUCUGUGGAAGGCUGCCCAUGACAAUCCUCAAGACUUCACCAGCUGGACCGAUCUGCUACAAUACUGCGAGCAAGAGAGUCACAUCACAGCGUCACGCAGGGCACUAGUGGCCUUUCUGGCUCGUUACCCACUCUGCUAUGGCUAUUGGAAGAAAUUUGCUGACCUGGAGCGCCGUGCAGGAUACAACAACAAAGCAGAAGAGGUGUGUGUACAGGGCCUUCAGGCAAUCCCUCUGAGUGUAGAUCUGUGGAUCCACUACAUCAAUCUGCUGCUGGGAACACUGGACAUGAACCUGCCUGAGUCGCCCAAGCGGAUUCGCAGUGUGUUCGAGGACGCGGUUGCGGCAGCAGGUCUAGAUUUCCACUCAGACCGCCUUUGGGAUCUGUAUGUUGAGUGGGAGAAGGAGCAGGGGAACAUGAGGAAUGCUGCCGCCGUCUUGGACAGAGUCCUCAAAGUCCCCACCCAGCUCUACAACACACACUAUGACAAAUUCAAGGAGCACCUGAGCAGCCACGAGCCCAAACAGGUGCUUUCCCCGGAGGAGUAUGAGGAGCUGAGGAUGUUGUGCCGCCAGAGCCAGAAGGCAGAGUGUGCCGAACAGGCCCAGGAGGAGGAGGAGGAGGAGGAGAGGCCGCCGGGAGAAGAAGAGCCCACCACCCUGGAAGGAACAGACACAGAGGAACUGAUGCAGAAGAUCAGGGAACAAGUGUUGGUACGCAGGGAUAAAGUUUACCAGGACAACGAGGGAGAGGUGCGCAACAGAUGGCACUAUGAAGAUGCUAUCAAGCGGCCCUACUUCCAUGUCAAACCACUCGACAGACAUCAGCUGCGAGCCUGGCACUCCUAUCUGGACUGGGAGAUUGCUCAGCUGAGCGAGGACACUAAAGACCCCAACCAAGAUCCAAACCAGGCAGCCACAGAAGGGUCAGAGGUCAUGACCCAGCCUCAGGAACGAUUAGAGGAUGCAGCAGUUGCCCACGAUGACCACAGGGUUCGUAUCCUCUAUGAGCGCUGCUUGAUUGCCUGUGCUCUGUAUGAGGAGUUCUGGACCAGGUAUGUUCAGUACCUGGAGCCGCAGAGUGUGGACGAGGCCCGAGCCGUUUACAGAAGAGCCUGUGAGAUCCACCUGAUAUACAAGCCCAACAUCCACAUGCAGUGGGCCACCUUUGAGGAGAGGCACGGGGACUUAACUGGGGCUCGGCGAGUGUUGGAGACUCUGGAGCAAAAUCUGCCAGGUCUGGCGGUGGUCCGUCUCCGCAGGGCUGCUCUGGAGAGGCGAGCGGGCCAGCUGGACCGAUCGGAGGCCUUGCUCCUGGAGGCGGUGGCCGAAUCCAAAGAGAAGCCCACGUUGCACGCUUUCUACUCAAUCAAGCUGGCUCGUCUGUUGCUGAAACUUGGCAGGAACCCCAGCAGAGCACGCAGAGUUUUACAUGAGGCGCUGGAGAUUAGUCCGGAUAAUGAUAAACUGCACUUGAACCUGUUGGAGCUGGAGGUGUCAGGAGACCCCUGGGCCUCAGCUGAGGCAGUGCAGGAGUGUGUGACACGAGCCCUGGCAGCUCCUCUCGCCCCACACACCAAGAUCCUCUUCUCACAGAGAGGCCUACAGUUCACAGAGGGAUAUUUUUAUACACUACGCAGUGUGUUGUCUGUCUAUGAAGGACACCAGAAACUGAUGACGGAGUUGGGCGGAACAAAGAGAGGAGCAGAGAAUGGGGAUGAGGAUGCAGAGAAGCUGAUCAAAAGUGAGGAUGGCUCUGCUGUGGCCACACAUGUCCCUCCCACCAUGCCUCACGUUCCCAUCACCACGCCGCCGCCUCCUGUGAUGGGUGCUGACAUGAGCGCACAGGCCGGCUAUGGGGGAUAUAGCAGCUGGUACCAGCAACCUCAGUACGGCAGCUACGGCUACCAGAACACUUGGAACUACAACCAGGGCUACUAUCCUCCCAGCUAAAGACAGCAGCAGUGAUUGUGGCACCCAAAAAAAAAAAGACCCAGGAUGACUUCUCAGCUGAGCAGCAAACUGAACCAUGUGUGUCCUCCUGGUCCAGUACUGCUAAAAUGAAUCCCAGCAUCGUUUCCUCUUCAUUCUUCCUCCGAGUUACCUCACUGUCCUGGAUUUGUGAAAAUAACAGGCUGGAAUCAAGCUCUUCUAACAUAUAUCAUUUCAGAGUUGAUUCUGAGGUGGAAAAAUGAGGAAAGGAAACAGAGGCGGCCAUUCUCAGUGCAUCAGUGUCUGCAUUUUAAUCAGAACUAUUUUUGUAUUUGUUUGCAAGCUGACCCCUCUGCUCAUGUUUCUAAGUCUAGUUUAUCCAGUUUUAAAGGUAAUGUAUGAUUGACAUUUUGUACCAUUCCACACAGUAGACUGUUUUUUUUAAUGUAUAUAAAGGUGUUUUAUAGUGUCACAGCUGAUCUCUUCUGUGUUGUCUAUAUAUAAUUUCUUUUGCAUGAAAUAGUUGCUUUGAUAGGGGAAUGUUCAUAUUUUAGCAAUGUAUCACUGCCUUCUUCAGUGCUUUAUGAUGAAAACAGGAGUGCUCACCCUACCUAUCCAAUGGACUUUUGCUCCUGUGUCUUCUUAAAUAACUUGAUUAGUUUGGUAAUCAGACUAUCAAAGCAGCUACUAAAAACAUUUUUAUAUCAAAUUACACUGUGGAAGCAGUCACUCUUAGUGAACCUAUAGAGAAUUAUCACCUGAAUCUGCAGCUCCCCUCAGUGUUACAGUGAGUUUCACCUCUUUUCUUUUUUUUUUAUCUGUCUGGCCCACAAGCUUACCAUUUUGAUUUAUUGCUCUCAUAGGGUUGUUUU